GUUUUAUCUGUCAUCCAUUAGUGCCACCACUCAUCAGUGUGGUGCGUGCGUGCUACUGCUUCGUUAAGCUAUCGUUAAGUUCCAGGAAAGGGUCAACGAGGGCAGAGACCAAAUUUAAAAUGGCCAACGACUCCCGAUGGAAUUGUUGCGUGUGUCCUGGGCAUUUUUAACGCCCUCUUCGAAAACUAACAGAGUAAGCCCGAGCAGUAGCGUCAUUUUUGCAGAUCGAUUUCAUUCACUACAUUCAAAGGGUAAGAUGAUGUUCUCACGUCCUCAAAGACCAAACAAAAAAAAUCGCUGUCCAACAAAACACACGCGCGCACCAGUCAGUAGCUUUAGGUGCAAAUUUUUCAACAAAAAAAUCCCCUCCGCAAAUGUGUGUACCGCAAAUCGAAAUGCAAACAAAAACCAGCUGUAUUUCCCUACACCCAUUCUGCGUUGUCAGCGCGCGAAGCGAUGGGAUGAAUAAAAUGGAAUAAGUACCGAUUCGGAUGAAUCCAGUGCGGUCUGUUGCGUGUGCUGCAAACGAACCUCGGUCUCACUCCUCUUCGCCAGCGCGUGUGUCACAGCAGCUAAUCGUGAUGAAAUUCUUAGUAUUUUCGGUGGUUUUGUGCGCUUUCGUGGCUACCAGCACGGCACAAACCAAGUCGCCGGUCAUCGUACGGAUGCAGACCGCCCUCGGCAGCAUGCUGUCAGUCGUGCGCGAUCUCUCGCUCGCCAACACCGCCCUCAUCAAGGACACCGAGGAUCAUAUCGCCCUGAAUUCGGCCUAUGUCGCAGCGGAGGAACUGUACCAACUGUUCCCCACGUUCGGCACGCAGAACAGCUCGUUGCUGCCUCUUCCAUCGCGCACCCGACUGGAAAGUGCAUUCGAUAGCUUCCGCAAUGCGGUGGCUGCCUGGGAAGGUGCCCUGGAUGGGCGUACCGUCGAAAAUUUGACCAGUACGUUCCAAAACGUUCAGAAGGAAUUCCUAAACCUGGCCGGCGUUGUGUACACGCUGUAAUUUACCAAACUCAAAAUAAAUGCGUAGCAAAAGUUUUUUAAAAUGAAAAA